AUAUUAAUGUGAAUCAUGAAACCAUUUUUUCUUUUUUCUUUUUUUAUAAAUUUUACAGUUCUUCCUAUUUCAGUAAUACUAAUAAUAAGCACACUCAUUUCUCUGUCACGCAGUAGAACAUUGAGCAACCAUAUUCUGCAGAUAAUUAAAGAUGAAGGGGCAUUUAAUACAAUGCAUGCACUUCUAGUCUAUUUACAAAUGUCUCCAAUGAAGCAGAAACCUGCCGUUGCCACCCUUCUUCUCCAGCUUGAUCUGUUGGUCGUUCCUCGGAAGAUGAGCAUCUACAGGGAAGAAGCCAUGGAAGCACUGCUAGAAGCACUUCAGAGAAGAGACUUCCCAUCUUCUCAAGUUAUGUCUCUACAUGCCCUAUCAUCUAUUUCGGGGCAUUUGAGUACCUCAGGGAAGUCCUGCAUGGAAGCUUUGUUGCUAAAGACAGCAGGGUUUGAUCAACCCUAUAAUGCCUUGAUGAAAGGGGAAGAAAUUAAAAGAAACGAAACAGAAGUUACUGAUAACACGAAAGAAGAAGAGAAAGCAGCAAGGUCUUGGGAAAAAAGAGUAGCCUUUGUGCUUUCUAACCAUGAGAAAGGGGCGAUUUUUAAAGCUCUAGAGGAAUGUUUUAAGAGCAAUUCGGUAGAGAUAGCAAAAUCUUGCGUUCUUGUGGCCACCUGGCUUGUGCACAUGCUCUACAGUUUUCCUGAUUGUGGUGUCAGGGAAACUGCUCGUAAAUCCUUGCUUGAUAAGUUCAUCAAUGUGCUACAGUCAUCAAGGAACUUGGAGGAGAAGAUUUUGGCAGCCCUUGCUUUGAGAGGAUUUGUUAGCGAACCAGAUGGACUCAAUGAAGUUGGGGUGUAUACCAAAUCUAUUUGGAAAAUCUUAAGGAAGCUUAAGAAGAGUUCCACAGCAGCCAGUGAUAUAUUGAAAGCUUUGAUGAACUUACCAUGUGUUGAUGCUGCAGAGUUGUGGUCCUGCACUGAAGGCCCGGAGUUAGAUGUGUCCAUGAAUGGCGAAGUUCUCUCAAUGGUUCCUAUAAGAAGCCGCUUGAUAAGCAGCCAUUCUGAUGGAACCAUAAAAGUGUGGGAUGCCAGAAGGAGAGUUCCCCGAUUGAUUCAGGAAGUUCGUGAACACUCAAAAGCUGUCACAUGCCUUUAUGUUCCUCCUCCAUGUGACAAAUUGUACAGUGGAUCUUUGGACAAAACUAUCCGAGUAUGGUCAAUCAAACAAGAGGAAAUCCAUUGCAUUCGAGUUCAUGAUGUAAAAGAGAUAGUCCACGAGUUGAUAGCUAAUGACAAAGUCGCAUGCUUUUCAUCUCAAGGAACUGGAGUUAAGGUCUAUAAUUGGUCAGGAGCUCCAAAACAUGUUAACUUCAACAAAAAUGUUAAGUGCCUAGCCUUGACAGAUGAUAAACUCUACUGCGGUUGCUCUGGUUAUAGUAUCCAGGAGGUGGAUUUAAGAAAUCUUGCUUCAACUACAUUCUGUUCUGGUGCAAAAAAAUUGCUAGGGAAACAAACAAUAUACUCUUUACAAAUUUACAACGGCCUUUUAUUUGCUGGUGGUUCACUAGUUGAUGGUAUAGCAGGCAAGGUAUUCUCACUCUCCAGCAAGGCGGUUAUAGGAUCAUUGUCAACUGGUUUUGACAUUCAACGGAUGGCUGUAAACAGUGACUUCCUAUUUACGUCUACAAAGUGUGGAAUAAUAGAAGUGUGGUUAAAAGAAAGGGUGACCAAGAUUGCUUACAUUAAAACGGGAUGUGUGGGAAAUGCAAAAGUUUUGUCCUUGGCUACAGACUUUGAAGGACAGAGGCUUUUUGCUGGAUCCUCUGAUGGAAAACUCCAGGUUUGGAAUCUGGACUAGAACAUUUACUUGUCAUGUUGUAAAUGGCAUUAAAGUUUCCUCCUCGAUGGUUCCCAGUCGGUUUUUGAAUCAAUUCGGGAGUAAGGGAUCAUGUAGCUCGUGUUUCAGAACAUUUUCUAGCUCAAUGGCGUCUGUGUUAGUUAUGGAUCAUAUUUCUGCAAGGCAAAAGCAAUCUGCGAUGAUUUUAUUAUUAUUAUUAUUUUUUUUUCUCUCUUUUUCACUUUUGUAAUGUAGCAGAAAAAAUUAUUGAAUCAACUGAUCGAUCACGUUCAUUAACCGCAAAGGGAUACCAUUUAGUUGUGCCGACUGGAA